GCACCUGCACCGUCCCGGUCAACGGCGGCUGCUCCUGCAGAAGCACCGUGCGCUCAUCUCUUGGUCUGGUCUUGCCAAAUUUGGGGGUGUUUAAUGCUUCCUGUAGCCUUUUGUAAUUCACGUCAGCCGAGAGUUGCCUGUCUUUCGUAGCAUGUCUCUUCUGUGUUUAUAGCGGCGCAUGGCUAUGCAGGGGAGAGCUGCCAAAACCCCAACCGGCAGAUGCAAAUUUCAGCCACGUGCUGUGGGAAGGAUUCAGCUGCCACUGGGUUCCACAGGCCGCUGGCCUGGAAACAGCAUUUUAAAGCGGUGAUGAAAGUAGUUAGCUGUAUGGAAGGGUGAAGGUGUUUGUAACUGAGGCAUUCAUCGGGUGGCUGGAGUUUAAGACCUGUUUUGUGAGGCAAUUCAGUUUGGCCUCUGGACACUUUUCGUCAGUCUUGUUACACGGGUUUCGUCCCUACGUGAAAUGCCAUAACAUCAUCUGCCUGUGGUGUAGCCUGAUGACUGAAUAGCUGUGCAACCAGGAGCGUGGUACCUGGCUGGGAGUCUCUCUGCCCCUGCGUUUUCUGUAAGGUGCAUUGGACCAAAGAGGAGAAUUACAUGUUCAGGCUCUCGGCGUUCCGGGAUCCCUUGCGGAAGUGGCUCCAGGACAACCCCCGGGCCAUUUCCCCUGACCCUUUCUACCAGCACGUGCUCUGCUGGCUGGAAGAGGACUUGCCAGACUUGUCCGUCUCUCGUGAGAGAAGCCGGCUGCAGUGGGGUAUCCCUGUUCCCAGUGACUCGACACAAACUAUUUACGUGUGGGUGGAUGCCUUGGUGAACUACCUGAGCGUGGUGGGCUACCCCGAGACGCACGCUGAGUGGUGGCCGGCUGCGCACCAUGUUGUGGGCAAGGACAUCCUCAAGUUUCAUGCUGUCUACUGGCCAGCACUGCUGAUGGCAGCAGGGCUGGCUCCCCCCGAGCGAAUCUAUGUGCACUCCCACUGGACUGUCCGUGGGCAGAAGAUGUCCAAAAGCCUGGGCAAUGUGAUCGACCCCUUUGCUUGUAUUGGCCAGUACACGGUAGACGGAUUUCGGUACUUUCUGCUAAGGCAGGGGGUCCCUGAGCGGGACUGUGACUAUUACGAUGAGAAGGUCGUUAAGCUGGUGAACUCGGAACUGGCAGAUGCUCUGGGGGGGCUCCUGAACCGGUCAACAGCCCUCAGCAUUAACCCCAGCAACACUUACCCUUGUUUCUCAGAGUCUUGUUUCCCAAAGAUCGUGGAUUACAGGGGGACGAAAGCUGUGGGUAGGGCUUCUGCUGAAGACUACGAGUUCGUGGCAUCGGUGGCUUCUCUGCCUCUGCAGGUGGCUAGUUAUUUUGAAGGUUUCCAGAUCUACAAGGCUUUAGAAUGUGUUUCCCUGUGCGUAAGGCAGACCAACAGUUUCUUCCAGAGACACAAGCCUUGGAAACUCAACCGAAAAGACCCCGCAGAGAAGCUCUGGCUCGACACCAUCAUCCAUGUUACGCUGGAAUGCCUGCGUGUCUACGGGACGCUCCUGCAACCCGUGAUCCCACACACUGCAGACAAGUUGCUUUCCCGGCUGGCUGUUGAGCCAGAAGAGAGAAGUCUCUCCAGUUUGACAUUUCUGCCACGCUACGAUGGGAAGCCGUGUCCCUUUGAAGGGAGACAGCUUGGGCCUGACACCGGCCUCUUAUUUCACAGACUAGAGAAGUCAAGACAGCCUCAGGCAGAAGCCCAGAAGCUCUAGCCUCUGAUCAACAGCUUCUGUAAAUAAAAGCCUCCGGGAACUCCCGGAAAAUGUUGUCUUUGUUAAAAGCAUGUUCCCCACAUCUCUUGGUGCUGGGAUAAAGUGCGUGAGUGGAAAACCGGACCGGGCAGGGCUGUGCAGUCCUGCCUAGGUGACUGCCAUCGGUCUCUGCCUGACGCGGGAAGCAGGCGCCUGCGGGCAGAGUGGUUUCGUGCGCGGGGCCAAGCGCUAGGGAGGCUUCUCGGGUAACGCCCUUGAAGGGACACCGAAUUAGCUAAG